AUGACAGCAGGAGAUUUCCAGCCCGUCUUUUCAACGACCAACUCUCCCGUAGCAGACAGACCCCCUCCUGUCCUGGAAGCCUUCUUCAAGGACUCAUUCAAGCUCUCCACAAUUUUGGCCUUGGGCGCUCUCCUCCAGACCAUAGUGAUCUCGGUCCUCCCGGCCCGCUACGCCCUCAUCCCACUCGCCCUCCUGCUCGGCAUUUCCAUCAUCAACACAAUCAUCCAGGCCAGAUCACCAAAAGACAACUCCUUCACCCUCGACGUCGUCCCCGGCCGGGUGACAGCCCAGCUCCCCUCCCGCACGACCGGAGCCUUCGGCACCCGGCCCGCCGCCGAGCCCCUGGUCGUCUUCCACCUCGGCGUGCGCUUCAACCACCCUCUCGGGCUCCUCAGCCCCGGCGCCCAGGAGAUCGGCGACUCCUUCACGGCCAUGAUCAAGGCCCUGGGCGACCGGCGCGACGAGUUCGGCAUGCUGCACAUCACCAGCUGGCGCGCCGCCGAGAGGCAGUCCAACAACACGCUCAUGAUCAUCGCCUACUUCCGCGACGUCGCCGGCCUCAACCGGUUCGCGCACGACGCGGUCCACCGCGAGGGGUGGGAUUGGUAUUUGCGUUUUGCCAAGAAGGAGGGGAACUCGCACGUCGGCAUCUUCCACGAGACGUUUGUCACGCGGCCUGGUGAUUACGAGACUAUCUAUGUGGACUGCCCGCCGACACUACUGGGCGCUGCGAACGUCAGGGUUGGUGAUGCGGGCGGGGAGAAGGCGUCACAGGGAGGGGAGACGUGGGCCCGGCCGCUGGUUAGCGCGAAUCACUCUGCGCUGCGUAGCCAGUCACAGCGUAUGGGCACGGCACUCCCAUUUGAGGGCGACGUUGAGAUGUACUGA